AUGAGAGUAGUUCUUUCUUUUAAACAACUGGUAAACAUAUGGAAGGCGAGGAAUGAUAAGCUAUUCAGGAGGAUUGACAGGGACCCUUUGGAACUGGUCAGGUACGCAGAGAGUGAAUGUCAGGCUUGGUAUAAUGCUAAGGAGUCUAUACCUAAUCCCCCACAGGCACCAAACACUGAAGUGGUACAAGCCUUAAGCUUGAAUAAUAUGUCUAUAGUGUAUGGCUCUUGGACAUCCACAGAUCUUUUCAGUGGAAUUAGAUGGGUUUGGAAGGAUAACACGGGAAAGAUCCAACUUAUGGGAACACAGAACUUAAGGAGGCGGGAGACAGCACUACACUCGGAAUUGGAAGAAUUGAAAUGGGCACUGGAAAGCAUGCUUCAACAUUCAAACUGCCAACACUUUGGAACAGAUUGCAAGGACCUGAUAGCAAUGAUAAAGGAGCCCCAAGUCUGGCCAAACUUUUCAACGGAGCUUGAAGCCAUUCAAAUUAUCCUCAUGUGUUAUUCGGAUUUCAAGAUCACCUACGUGCCAAGAACACAGAAUGAAAUUGUUGAUUCUUUAGCUAGGAAUGCUUGA